AUGGGGUCCUUUGAGCUGCAACACACUUCAUCCCGGUCUUCGGGCCAUGACCAGAUGGCUUCCAAGGCCGACAUUGACUUGGUUGAGAGGGCGGAAGCCGCCGGCCAAGCUGUAACCUACGAAGAAUCUGUAGCUGCUAGACUCCCAAAGGCUCAUCAAGAAUAUUUGAUAGAACGACAUGGCACAUUAGAACUUGAUCCUAUUCCCAGUAUGAGUCCUGCUGACCCGUAUAACUGGCCAGAAUCGAAGAAAAUGGUUAAUCUUCUUCUGGUGGCUUUCCAUGCAUGCAUAGCGACAUUCACAGCUGCAGGAAUAAUUCCUGCAUAUGCGGAUAUAGCUGCUGAUCUCGGUGUUACCCUGCAGCAGGCCAGUUAUUUGACUUCGUUGCAAAUUGCCAUUAUAGGAGGCUCUCCGCUCUUCUGGAAGCCAUUGUCCAAUCGCUUUGGACGUCGCCCGAUCUUCCUAAUCUCUCUCAUCGGAAGUUUCGCAUUCAACAUUGGCUGUGCCAAAAGUACCACGUAUGCAUCCCUCGCGGCUUGUCGGGCUCUUGUGGCCUUUUUUAUCUCGCCUGCCUCUGCCAUUGGUAGUGCAGUUGUGGUGGAGACGACCUUCAAGAAGGAUCGCGCUCGCUAUAUGGGUAUCUGGACUUUGAUGGUCACCCUGGGUGUCCCGAUCGGACCAUUCAUAUUCGGUUUCGUCACCUAUCGUGUUGGUUAUGAGUGGAUCUUUUGGAUCCUCGCUAUAACCAAUGGCGUUCAGUUCAUCCUUUACCUAUUCCUUGGACCAGAGACCCGCUACAUUGGCAGCGGCGUCAACCAAGUGGAAGCCGAUUGGAAAACACAGUACUUUUCCGUCCGACGUAUCGACCCGACUCCACUGACCUGGUUCGAGUUCAUCCAACCCCUGACUUUGGCCCGCCAUUUGUCCGUCUUAAUCCCUGCGUGGACGCACGCAAUGGUUUUCUUGUUCACCAACAUCAUGUCAACCGUCGAAGUACCGCAACUGUUACAGGAGAAGUUUGAAUUGAAUUCUGAGCAAUUAGGAAUGCAAUUCAUAGGUAUCGUCAUCGGAUCCUUCAUUGGUGAGCAGAUGGGCGGUUUCAUGUCCGAUCAGUGGAUGUCCCGUCGGGCACGUCGCAUCAACGGCAAAGCUGAGCCAGAGUUCCGCCUAUGGCUGAGCUAUUUCGGUUUCCUGGUAGCUCUCGUCGGUAUUAUUGUCUUCCUUGUUUGCACUCAGACCUCGGCCGCUGGCCACUGGAACGUAUCACCGAUCAUUGGCACAGCGCUCGGCGCUGUUGGUAAUCAGCUUAUCACAACCGUAACGAUGACUUAUGCCGUCGACUGCUAUCCGCAGGAGGCAGGCAGCGUGGGUGUUUUCAUCGGCUUGGUUCGACAGAUUUGGGGCUUUAUCGGCCCAUUCUGGUUCCCAUACAUGUUCGACAGUGUCGGGAUCGCGGCUAGCUCGGGAAUUUGCUGUGCAAUGAUCAUUGCAGUCAGCGUUAUUCCGACCAUUUACCUCCACUGGCGGAGCGGAGCUAACCGUCGUCGCGAGGGGGUUGAAGGCAGCUUGUAA